AUGGUGGAUAGUGGAUACAGUAAUAAGAAGGGAUUUCUUGCACCAUAUAAGGGCAACCACUACCACCAACCACACUUUCAAGGUCACAAGCCGGGGAAUCGUAAUGAGUUGUUCAACCGUGCCCACUCUUCUUUGCGGAGUGUGAUUGAGCGAACAUUUGGCGCUUGGAAGUCGCGGUGGAGAUUCCUGCACAAUAUGCCUUGGUUUGAUUUUCGUAGAGUGCAGGUGUCGUUGGUGGCUGCAUCUAUGGCAUUACACAAUUUCAUACGCAGAAGUGAGGAUGAUGCGUUAGUUGUUGCUGUCAGAACUACGGCGGAGUACACAUAUGACAAUAUUCCCGAUCGCGCAGAUUUGGCUGCCCUAGACGAUGCCGUCAUGCCUACGAACGAGGACGUUGAAAUGGCGCAGUUGUAA